GCCAGAGGCGACGCAUGAUGAGCCGUCCCUGCUGCGCUCGAGUCCUUCAAGGCUGCUCAUGGCUGGUGCCACUUCAACGCUCACGGCUGGUGCUGCUGUGUUGCCACCUCGGUCGCAGGGGCCCGAGCAGACGCCAUUGCUGCGAGACACCCGCCGCAGCCGUGAGGCAGAGCAAGUGCAGCAGCGCUUGGUGCUAGAGUUCAUGAGCAUUGUGGGCUUGUGCAAGGUUUGGUUGGUUAUACUGCUAGUGCUCAUGUUGGCGGCGUGCGUGACUGUAACAGUCCUUUUUGUGCAAGCCAUCAUUGCUACUCUUUUCAAUCAGGGCAAACCAUGCGACGAGCCGCUUAAGUACUACAUGGUAGCAACGCUGCUAUGGAGUCAGGUGCAAUCAUGGAUCCUAUCUUGUGUGCGCCGCCAACUGGUUGAUCGUGGACCUUUCACAUCAAUGCUUGUCAGCAUAGCUUUGAGCAUACCAGGUUGGGGCAUUUUGGCGUAUGGUGUAUACAUGAUUCAAAGAGCACAAUCCUGCCCCAAGACGAAUCCAAAUCUAUUCUUUCCUUUGCAGCGUUUUGUUUAUGCCCAGAUCGCGGUUGCGCUGAUAACCUGCCUCCUUACAGUGCUUGGCUUUUUCAGCCUGCGAUACCUGUUGCUGGUGGUCAGCCAGCUGAACGAGCAGCCUGGGUGCACCAAAGCAGUACGGGACUUGCCCACUGUACCGAAAGGAUCAGAAGAACUGAUAGAUAACGACGGCCAGAUUAUGGACUGCCCCAUUUGCAUGGAAGCUCUUGCAGAGCCUGGAGGAGAAGUGGUACGGCCACCAUGCAAACACUACUUUCAUCAGGAAUGCCUCCUGACAUGGUGCAAGAAUCACGUAGAUUGUCCGAUGUGCCGCCAGCAAGUGGGAAAGCCGGAUGACGAGGCAGAACCCGAUCCAUGA